AUGGCUUCGCAAAGUCUCUUGUCUUCGCUACCAGUCCCAGCAUGGCUCCAAGGCCAGUCAACUCGCUCCUUCUCCAACACACCCCGCCAGAGACGCCUUACGAUUGAGAACAUCAACCAGAAUGUCGUCGAAGCCGAAUACGCCGUUCGUGGUGAGCUCGCUGUCAAGAGCGAAAAGUACCGCGAGCAACUAAGAAACAAGGACACUUCGCUGCCCUUCGACACUGUCAUCUCAGCCAACAUCGGUAAUCCCCAACAACUCGACCAGAAGCCCAUUACCUUCUUCCGUCAGGUCCUAUCAUUGAUGGAGAACCCUCUCCUUCUUGAGCACCCCGAUGUCCUCAUCAACUCUCUUGGUUACAAGCAAGACGCCAUUGACCGCGCAAAGACACUGCUGGACGAUGUCAAGAGCGUGGGAGCAUACUCGGCCUCCAAGGGUGCCCCUGGCAUUCGCCGCAGUGUCGCCAAAUUCAUUGAGAAGAGAGACGGCUUCCCUGCCGAUCCUGAGAACAUCUUCCUUUCGGCUGGUGCUUCAGGUGGUGUUAGCACUCUUCUCAAUGUCAUGUGCGCCGACGAAAAUUCUGGAGUUCUUGUUCCCAUUCCGCAAUACCCUUUGUACACCGCAACCCUUGCUCUUCUGAAUGCAAAGUGCGUACCGUACGAACUCGAGGAGGACAAGGCUUGGGGCACAAACCUUGACGCCAUCCGCGCAUCCUACGCAAAGGCAAAGGCCGAGGGUACAAGCGUCCGCAGCAUUGUCAUCAUCAACCCAGGCAACCCUACUGGUGCAACUCUUUCUGUCGAGGACAUCAAGUCAGUUCUGAAGUUUGCUGCUGAGGAGAAGCUGGUUGUCAUGGCCGAUGAGGUGUACCAGACCAAUGUGUUUGUGGGCAAGUUCACCAGCUUCAAGCAAUGUCUUAGGGAGCUUCAGCAAAGUGAGGAGAACAAGGAUGGCAAAUUCGACACUCUUGAGCUUGUCAGCAUGCACAGUAUCAGCAAGGGUAUGAUUGGUGAGUGCGGUCACCGUGGUGGUUACUUUGAGCUUGUCGGCUUCGACGAGAAGGUCACCGAGCAAAUUUACAAGUUUGUCAGCAUUCAGCUCUGCCCUCCCGUCAUUGGCCAAUGCCUUGUCUCCCUUAUGGUUGAACCACCAGUCGAGGGCGACCCGUCCUACGAGACCUACCACAAAGAGGAGCGUGGCAUCUUCAACGGCCUUCAAAAGCGUGCUACCGCCCUCUACGAAGCCUUCCGUGAGAUGGAGGGUGUGUCAUGCCAGUCACCUACCGGCUCCAUGUACCUCUUCCCUACCAUCACCCUUCCUCCCAAGGCCAUCGAGAAGGCCAAGAAGGAAGGCAGAAGCCCAGAUGAGUACUACUGCCUCAGAUUGCUCGAUGCAACUGGUGUUUGCGUCGUUGCAGGAAGCGGAUUCGGACAAAAGGAGGGAACACUGCACUUCAGAACCACUUUCCUUGCUCCUGGCACUGAGUGGGUUGGCAGAAUCACCAAGUUCCACAAGGAGUUCAUGGAUGAGUUCCGAUAG